AUGGGCAUCAGAUUCCAUAUGCAGGUUGGGAACAGUCCACUCACAGCGCAAGCUCCAACUGCAACGACACCGCUGAUUCCAGCAGGACCCCCACCCGACCUGAGACUGAUUCCAGCAGGACCCCCACCCGACCUGAGACUGAUUCCAGCAGGACCCCCAUUUGCCAAGUGGAAACGCGGUUCAGCAGGCUACCGGGAUCUUCCUCCAAAUCGGCCUCAUUUCUACCCUAGAGUCACCAAGGAGACAAAUCGGCCUCAUUUCUACCCUAGAACCAGCAGCAUCUUCCUACACAGCAAGGACUUGAAUGUUAGAAACCUGGAACUGAGGCGUCUGGACAACAGUCAAAGCACUGUCAGUGAGACCGAUGUAUUAGAGGUGAGAUUGCAGGAUGAUGCAGUCUUGGAGCCAAAUAGGUCCUACAGCCUGAUAGCUGAAUUUGAAGGACAGCUGGCCAAUGAUUUGACUGGCUUCUACACAAGUACAUAUGAAGUGAAAAAGAACAAUGACACAAGAUAUGUUGGUGCGACCCAGAUGGCAGCCACCGAAGCCAGACGAGUGUUUCCCUGUUUUGAUGAACCCAACUUGAAGGCUGAGUUCAGACUCACCCUCAUCCACAGACAAGGCACUUCUGCACUGGGCAACUGGCCUAAACAAGGUACUAGUGGCUUUGAGAUUGAAAUCGAUGGAGAGAAGUGGACAGUUACUGAGUUGAGGUCGACAAGGAAAAUGUCGACAUACCUUGUGGCUUUUGUAGUCUUUGAUUUUGACUAUACUGGAGGAAAAGACUUAAAGGUAAAUAUAAAGGUGUGGGCUAGACCUGAAGCCAUAGCUGCUGGUCAUGCAAAAUAUGCUGAGACAGUUACACCAAAAAUCCUGAAUUUCUAUGAAAUGGAAUUUGGGAUAAAUUAUCCUGUCAGUAAACUAGAUCAGAUUGCCCUACCUGAUCUUGUACUGGCUGGGAUGGAAAACUGGGGGCUGAUAACCUACCAUGAGUCAGCUUUGCUUUUUGUAGAAGGAGUCUCCUCCACAUUUGAUAAGGAAUAUAUCGCUACGUUGAUCACUCAUGAGCUUGCUCACCAGUGGUUUGGGAACCUGGUAACUAUGGAAUGGUGGAAGGAUCUGUGGCUGAGUGAAGGGUUUGCCACAUUCAUGUCUUAUCAAGGACUGAACCAUUUAGAGCCUACCUGGAAUGCAGAAGCCCUGUUUGUGGUGGAUUAGGUGCUUCCAAGUGGACGCUCUGGCCGCUG